UACAACGUCAAGAUGUCUGAACGAGCAGCUUAGCUCAAAAGAUAAACGCUUAGUUUUGUUUUUGAUUUAAUUUAGCCUUUGUUGUGUUUACUGACUCGGUCGUUGUAUUAGAUGGGGACCAAGCGCCUACCAUGAAACUCCGGCUGCAGAAUGACAGGAGUGAUUCCAGAAGAGCACUGAAACUGAGGGAGUCUUCUACUGUAAUGCAGCCUAAUUCAAGUGAGCGGGGCGCUCAUGCAGGAAAUGGCUUAUCCCUGAAUCUGCAGCCAGAGCUUCUCACCAGGACCCCAGCCCCCGGUGCUGCUGCUGCACCUGCCAGCCCUGAGAAUGUUGAAGUACGGGUACCUAUAACUAGUGGGCCUGGGGAGUCAGGUGGAGGAGCAUCAUCCAGGAGGUGUAGAGUCAACUCUCAUGGCCACUCCCAUUCUCAGUCACAUGGACACCAUCGGGCGCAGCAUCACCCAAACUCGGAGCCAGAACUCGACUCACCUGACUCUGACGUGGACUCUGGGGAACCAAGCACCUCUUUGUCUGAGCUUCGCUGUCUCUUCCGCUGGAUCCAAAAGAGCCUUCCUUUCCUUGUCAUACUGUGUGCUAAACUGGUCAUCCAGCAUGCUCUAGGUCUAGCUGUUGGGGUUGGCCUCUUUACAACUUUUCUAUAUGUGAAUAAGAACAUUCAAACUCAAGUUUUUCUCCAGGACCGUCAGUCCAAGCUGCAGAGUGUUUGGCUGCUGCUGUUCCUGACCUCAUCCACACUUCUGCUUUAUUAUACUUUUCUCACUGAGACACUUUACUAUUGCCUCAUCUUCCUUGGCCCAACCAUCCAGCCACUGGGUUUCUGGGAGGUCCUAUGGGCUGUGGGGGUCACCAACUUUGUAAUAAAGUUCCUCUUUAUGGGAAUAAAGUGCCUUAUUCUGCUGCUGCCAUCUUCACUGGUGACCUACAGAGCCCAGGGCCGCUGUCUGAUGCUGACUGAGGAGAUGGGUCAGGUCUAUCAGGCCAUGGCGCCUGUUCCACUGUGGUUCCGCUACCUGGUCACCUACCAGGAGGCUGACGGCACCCCUGGGCUCACACUGGGGGUCCUGCUGGCUUUGCUCUACCUCAUACUGAAACUUUUAGGAUUGUACGGACAGUGGACAUCUUUACUGAAAACUGUGAGGAUAUUUCUAAAAGGCGAGCACGCAGGCUCAGCAGCCACCAGGAGUCAGUGCAGCGAGGCUGGAGAUGUUUGCCCCAUCUGUCAGGGAGAGUACAGGGAGCCUCGAGCUCUGAUCUGUCAGCACAUUUUCUGUGACGAAUGCAUCGCUCUGUGGUUUAACCGGGAGAAGAGCUGCCCUCUGUGCCGCACUGUCAUCACAGAGAAAGUCUACAAAUGGAGGGAUGGAGCCACGUCUCCACACCUGCAGAUUUACUGAUAAAACGUGGCAGAAGGGACACUUUGGAUGAGGGACACUGGUGUUAGCUUUUAUUUAAAGUGGGUUUUUCUAUGAAUGAAAAUAAUGUUCACACUGUUUCAUGAAUCAGCAAAGGGCUGUGAUCCUGGCGGGUAGUGAUCUGUAAGGUCACAUGACUUUCACCUUCAUGUUUCUGUUUUAUUAAUCAGGACUUCCAUACCUGGCAUUCCCAGGAGAGUUGAUUAUUUUUACUCCAGUGUUUUGAUUUUUCUAUUUUAAGAUUUUUUUCCUCGUGUUGUUUUAUUACUUUUUAUCUGAAUAUGAACUUUCCUUAUGUGGCAGUGCUCUGUCCACCUGUAAAUAGAGGAACAUAAGAGAAAUAUAUUAAGUAUUUUCAAAAGAUUUUCCCUUUGUAUAGUGUUUCAACAUGAAAACCAUGACCCUUUUUUACCCAGUGUUUCUAAAUUUGUGGAAGUGAUUUUUGUCAUUUGUAGUAAUGAAUGUGUGAAGGUAAUGAGCUGCACACCUCAGGAUUGCUUCUGAAUCGUGCUUCAAAUGAAUUUAUAAGCCUGAAUGUGCUAAAAUAUAUAGAGACUUAACGUCUGACGAGCAUGCUGAAAAAAGGCUUUGUGAAGCCUGAACACAGUGACAUCACACAUUCAGCUGACUCGACACUCUGAGCUGUAGUAGAGGGCUGAAACGUAACGGUAUGUGAUGGAUGAACAGUUUGUUUCAUGCUUUCAGCUUUGAUGACUGAUUUUCAUAACUGAUAAUAAGGAUGCAAAGGAGCUUGUGAGAUUGAUUUACACAAAAAUUAUUUUUCUAUAAAGAAGACAUGACCAUGUUUUUGUAAAAAACCAAAGACUGGGAGAAUAAUCUAUUUUAUUAUGGCAACGUCGGUUCACUUCUUAUAUUUAUCAAUUUAAAUCUAUAAACUAUCUCAAUAAAGAUCUACAUUUC